AUGUCGUCACAGACAGAGUGGCCACAAUCACUCAAAGAUUUUGCCAACCGAGCCUUUGCUGCCUGUACAGACGCCAACCGCAAAGCUGUCUCUGAAGAGCUAAGGACACUCAUAUUUGAUUCUUUCCAGAAUGGUUCCAUCCACACAACAGAUUGGGCCAACGCAAGUCUCGAGAGCUUAGCCGGGCCAUCUACUCGAGCGAAAAAGUCGCUUCUCAAGAAGCGAUCCGCACCAACAUCAACAUCUCUCUCAGCAGAGGAUGUGGAAGAGCAAGCAAGGAAAGAGAAGCGAGCAAAACGAUUCGAAAGCGAACAGGAGGAGUUCAGAAGACAACAAGAUGAUAUGUUGGAGACUGCAAUUGCUUCCACUUCCCUCGCAUCACGCUUUGGCGGAGCAGCGGGACCAACAUCGAGAGUAUCGACCGCACAGCAGGAGGUCUGGCCAGGCGCACAAGGCAAAACAGCCAAAGCGAACGGAUUCAACAAGGGCAGGGCCAAAUACGGCGCACCUGCAUUCGCAGACACCGAAGUUGCAGAUCCCAACGUGAUUGAUUGGGACGAGGAUACGGUCGUUGGUACAAGCAGUAAGCUCGAAAAGCCUUACUUACGUCUCACUUCCGCACCAGACCCAAAAACAGUCCGUCCUUUAUCGACCCUAGUGCAGACGCUCGAGUUGCUCAAGAAGAAAUGGCGAACGGAAAACAACUACUCGUACAUCUGCGAUCAGUUCAAGUCCAUGCGACAGGAUCUCACCGUGCAGAGGAUCAAGAACGAGUUUACCGUCAAGGUGUACGAGAUUCACGCAAGGAUAGCGUUAGAGAUGGGCGAUCUGGGAGAAUACAACCAGUGUCAGAGUCAGUUGAGAGGCUUGUAUGCGUAUGGCAUCAAGGGAAGUGCGAUCGAGUCUUUGGCUUACAGAAUCUUGUAUUUGUUGCAUACCAAGAAUCGUCGAGAAGAACACAAGACCGAAGUAGCUGUUGCGCAUGCACUUCAAGUGCGAGCUGCACUGGUGACAGGCAACUAUCAUUCUUUCUUCCAACUCUAUACCGAUGCACCCAACAUGAAUGCCUAUAUUAUGGACCACUUUAUCGAACGAGAACGAAUCAAUGCCCUGCUCAUCAUGUCCAAAUGCUACCGACCCUCCAUAGCACUCACCUUCAUCGCCGAAGAGCUAGCUUUUCCAGACGUAGCAGAAGCCGAUCAAUUCCUUUCGACAAACGGAGCCGCGGUGUACAUCGAACCGACACCAGCUGAACUCGCUGCAUUGGUGCCACAAGCGAAUGGUGGCAAGAAGAAAAAAAAGGAUAGAUCGAUACCUAGCCUUGCAUUGGAGAAGAGGCAGUGGGAUGCAAAAGCGGCAAUGCAACCUCUGAGGGAUGCUAUUCAAAAGUUUAGCAAGGUCGAUAUCAAGGGACAGAUGUAA